AUGACGAAAGCGCGCUAUGACUUCAAGACGCGCCCGGUCGCGCACCCGGACGCCAUUGUCGCGGGCGACAAGUACCGCUUUACCAUCCUCACCGACGGUCUGCUGCGCUUCGAGUGGGCCGAAGAUGGGCGAUUCGAAGACCGCGCAAGCACCUUCGCCAUCAACCGCAAACUAGCCGUGCCUGACUUCUACGUCUGGGAUCGUGGCCACGGCAUCGAGAUCGUAACCAAGCGCUUCCACGUUGUAUACGACAAGAAGAAGUUCAGUGCCGACGGUUUCAAGAUCCAUCUCAAGGGCAACGUGACGGGCACAUGGACAUACGGGCAGCCACUCUCCAAUCUGGGCGGCACAAACCGUACGCUCGACGGUGUAAAUGGCAGGACCAACCUAGGCCCUGGUGUGCUGUCCAGAGAGGGCAUGGCCCUUUUGGACGACACCAAAUCCAUGCUCUUCGAAGAUAACGGGUGGAUUGCAGGACGCACGAGUGGCGAUAGGACAGACCAAUACAUCUUCAUGUAUGGCCGCGACUAUCGGGAAGCCAUACGCGCCUUCUACGCUGUGUCAGGAAGCCAGCCUCUCCUGCCACGAUACGCCAUGGGCAACUGGUGGAGUCGAUACCACGCCUACGACGAGAAGGAAUACCUUGACUUGCACGAUCACUUCGACAAAGACGACGUGCCCAUGAACGUGGCGGUUGUGGAUAUGGACUGGCAUCUGGUAUGGGAUUUGCCUGGUGGCGUCAAUGGCUGGACUGGGUACACAUGGAACAAGAAGCUCUUCCCCGAUCCCGAUGCUUUCAUGAAGAAGCUGCACGAUCGUGGCAUGAAAUUGACGCUCAAUCUACAUCCAGCAGACGGCUUCCGACCGCACGAGGAACAAUACCCCGAAGUUGCCAAAUACCUUGGCAUCGACCCACAGUCUAAGCAGACGAUUCCUUUCGACUGCACAGACAAAAAGUUUAUGGACGCAUACUUCGACAUCGUACACCACGAGCAUGAAGAGCGAGGUGUAGAUUUCUGGUGGGUGGACUGGCAACAAGGCAACACAUCCAAGAUCCCCGGAGUCGACCCUCUCUGGGUGCUCAACCACUUUCACUUCCUUGAUAGUGGUCGUGGUUCUCAGCGCCCUCUGAUUCUCUCCCGAUUUGGUGGCCCAGGAGCCCAGCGCUACCAGAUCGGCUUUUCCGGUGAUGCUAUCAUUACGUGGGACAGUCUGCACUUUCAGCCUGAGUUUACAGCAACUGCGUCGAACAUUGGGUAUGGUUGGUGGAGCAACGACAUUGGUGGCCAUACACACGGCUACAAGAAUGACGAACUCUACACACGAUGGGUACAACUAGGUUGCUGGUCCCCCAUUUUGCGCCUACAUUCAGACAACAAUCCUUUCAACCCCCGCGAGCCUUGGCGCUUCAACGAAGAGGCACGCGUCAUCGUAGAAGACACCCUACGUUUCCGCCACCGCCUCAUCCCAUACCUGUACACGAUGAACGCGAGGAGUGCGUCUGACGAUGAACCACUUGUUCAACCCAUGUACUGGGACCACCCCGAGGCUGACGAGGCUUACAACGUACCCAAUCAGUUCCGCUUUGGCUCUGAGAUGAUUGUUGCCCCCAUUACCCAGCCACGCGACCAGACUACGCAUCUUGGUGCAGAGAAGCUCUGGCUCCCAGAAGGCCGUUACGUCGACAUCUUUACUGGCAUUGUAUACAAUCGUGCCGGCGAACUCACCGUCCACCGUCCCCUAAACUUCGUUCCCGUGCUCGCAAAAGAAGGGUCCAUAAUCCCUCUCGACGCAGCCUACCGACCCAAAUCCGGCUCUCCCAACCCAGAAGGUCUGGAAAUCCUCCUUGCUGUAGGCGCAGACGGGUCCUUCACGCUCAUCGAAGACGAUGGCACAGGGCAUCUUGUUGACGACGGCGGCUUUUCAAUCAUCGACGACGAAGGCCAAGAAUCAGCCGAUGAUACUGUGCGCUUCGCACAUACACCCAUUACCUACAAGCAAUCUACUGGCGUCAUCAACAUUGGCCCCACCACACCUGAAAACCACGCCAUUCCCAAGAGCCGGUCUUGGAAGAUCCGUUUACUGGCUCAUACACCCAAGAAGGGUACAGAGAUACGCUGCGUCACAACCUCCCCUACUACCAAGAAGCAUGCAAAGGUCCUUUCGCACAAGGUUACUCAGGAAAGUAAUGGUACGCUCAUCACGCUGGAUGCUGUACCCACUUCGCAUACUAUCCAUAUUGAACUCAUGUCUUCUUCAUCUCGUUCCUCAGCUUCUUCGUCAGGUCCGCAACUUGAUGUUAUCGAUCCGAAUCCCAAGCUCUGGGACAUCAUUGACAAGGCGUGGAUUGAGAUGGAUAAGAAGUGGGAUUACUGGAAUUGCGUCAAUAACGGAGAGCCGGUUUUGAACAAGGUCAGAGCGCUGCAAGGGAGAGGUAUGCACAGAGGGUUGCUGGAUGCGAUGUUGGAGUUGUUGCUGGCGGACGGGAGGUAUGCUGGAGAAGAGACGGAUGAGUGGUGA